GGCGCUUCCGCAAAGAUGGCGGCGGCAGCGGGAAGAAGCGCUCGGCUGGCGGCCUGGGGCGGAAGGCUGAGGCGCGGGCUCGCGGCCGGCCGACGAGCUGUGCCGAGUCGCGGCCCUCUGGCAGCGGCUGUAGCCGGCGUGGCCCUGGCAGGCGCAGGAGCGGCAUGGCACCACGGCCUCGUGAAAGCAGCUGCGCGCGAGGGCACCCUUACGGUGUUGGCGCAGAAAAAUAACUUGGGACCAAUAGAGAAACUUUCUGUCCGCAAACAGCGGUUCAUGCAGUUUUCAUCCCUGGAGCAUGAUGGAGAGUAUUACAUGACACCCCGAGACUUCCUCUUCUCAGUCAUGUUUGAGCAAGUGGAGCGUAAAACACUAGUCAAGAAACUGGCAAAAAAGGACAUCGAGGAUGUACUGUCAGGAAUCCAAACAGCACAUUGUGGAUCAACGUUUUUUAGAGACCUGGGUGAUAAAGGGGUAAUUUCAUAUACCGAGUAUCUUUUCUUGCUUACAAUCCUCACAAAACCUCACUCUGGGUUCCAUGUUGCUUUUAAAAUGCUGGAUGCAGAUGGAAAUGAGAUGAUUGAGAGAAAGGAGUUUGUUAAGCUCCAGAAGAUCAUAAGUAAGCAAGAUGGCUUCAAGACAGUUAAGACCAAUGAGACAGAAUACCAGGAACCAACAGUGAAAGAGCCUGGAGUAAACACAACCCUUCAAGUGCGUUUCUUUGGAAAAAGAGGAGAAAAAAAACUUCAUUAUAAAGAAUUUCGAAGAUUUAUGGAAAAUUUACAAACAGAAGUUCAAGAAAUGGAAUUCCUUCAGUUUUCUAAAGGUCUGAAUUUCAUGAGGAAAGAAGACUUUGCAGAGUGGCUACUUUUCUUCACUAACACUGAAAAUAAAGACAUUUACUGGAAAAACGUGAGAGAAAAGUUGUCAGUAGGAGAGAGCAUUAGUCUGGAUGAGUUCAAGUCCUUUUGCCGUUUUACAACACAUUUGGAAGACUUUGCUAUCGCCAUGCAAAUGUUUAGUUUAGCUCAUCGACCUGUGAGGCUGGCGGAGUUCAAGAGAGCUGUGAAGGUGGCGACUGGCCAAGAGCUCUCAGACAACCUUCUGGACACUGUCUUUAAGAUCUUUGACCUGGAUGGGGACGAGUGCCUCAGCCACGGAGAGUUUCUUGGGGUACUGAAAAACAGGAUGCAUCGAGGUUUAUGGGCAUCACAGCAGCAGAGUGUGCAGGAAUACUGGAAGUGUGUGAAGAAGGAGAGCAUCAAGGGGGUAAAGGAGGCCUGGGGACAGGCUGGCAAGGGCCCCUUCUGAGGGGACGCGAUACGAGAGCUCAAGAUGCCACAUGUAUGCUUUUCAAAGAAUUAGCUCGUUUUCUAUACGUCUUCAUUGAGUUGCUUUGAAGUGUAAAGAUGCCAUGUACUCAUUUUCUGAUUUGGGAAUUUUGGAGGGAUUGGGGGAGGUGAAUAAGUAUGUGCCACAGUGGGAAGUCCGAGACCAACCUGUGGGACCCGGUUCUCUGGUCUACCAUGGGAGUCCCAGAGUUUGAACUCAGGUCAUGAGCUUUGGCAUCAAGUGCCUUUACCUGAUAUAACCAUCUCACCAGCUCUGACUCAGUAAUUUCUUGGUGAAUUCUCAUUACACAAACUAUUCCUUUAUGAAAACACACACUGCUCUUUUAAAGGCCUGAGUGCAAAGUGUACUUUCUGGAGGGCUAAACCAGUCCAUCAGGGAAGGGACUUCAUUCCCAAGACAAGUGGCCUAGGGAGUAGCUGCAGUUAGACACUCGCUCCAGGGUUUCUUUGCUCCCUGCCUUGAAAAUAGCAUGUGAGUGACAGUGUCCUGUCUGGAAGCAGGAUAAAGUAUUUACGUUGAUACAAAAAAAUUAGUUCUUUUUAAAUGUUCCAUGCUUUUGAAAUAUAAAUACAGUAUCCAGGUGAGAGGGCUCAGCCAGCAUAGGACACAGCUGGGUACCAUAGUUUCCUAACAAGCAGCAGGUUGAAUUCCAUCUCCAGCCACUCGUGCACACACAGAUACACACAUUCACACACAUACAGUGAUCAUAAUAUCAAGGCUUCAUAGAGUAAGGUAUCUUGGGUUUGGGAAACAUUCAAUAUGGCACUAUAAAGUAGUUUACAAUAAAAUAAAUAUGAAAUAAUGUUAUAUGGAGAUGUAUGUACAUGUUUAUGUAUGUGUAUACGGGUGGGCACAAGUGUCUGUGGAAGCCCCUGCUCCUGUAAAUAACCUCAUGUGUCGGAAGUAAUCAAAAUAAACCCAUUAGUUCACCAAGCUAAACUCGA